UGUAAUUGUGUAAUUUAUUUUAAUAGUAAAGAAUUAAACAAAAAUUAUAGAAAGCAUACAGAUUAUUAGCAAAUCUUCAUUAUUAAAAAUCACUAAUUACUAUAUAUAUCAUAAUCACAUUAGGUAAUUCCGUAGAUUUUGAUUAAAGAAAUAAUACAUAAUAAAUAAUCACAUUACUUUAGUUAAUAUCAUAUGAUAUCUUAUAGUUGGUAUUAAAUGUUUUUAGUGAGAUAAAAAUCGAAUUGGACCAACAUGUUUUUCAAUUUCAAUGUAAGGCUGACACAUAUGAUUAAUUAGCUACCUAAUUGAUUAACACAUAAGCAAAAAAUAUUUUUUAAUUAUUACAAAAUUGAGUUUAAUCUUUUCAAAUGUUCCUCAAUUAAUAUAUAGGGGAUCUGUAGCGAUCAAUUUAUAUAUUUCACGUAUCAUUUCCAGACGAGUUACCAUAUAACAAAUAAUUUUAUUGUCUGAUAGUUUUUUUAGUGCUUGGCAUUUUUAGUCUUAUAUCAUUGUUACUAUACACCAAGUAAUUUACAAACGUAGUAGUAUACAAGCUUUAUACCAUAUAAUUUAGUGACAUUUGUUCACUUACAAACAAACUAUAAAUAUGGGAAAGCAAUAUUUAAGCAAUCCUUUAAAACCUUAUAAUUCAUUUUUUUCCAUCACAAACACAUAUAGAACUCUUGUAAAUAUUUAAACUUAUUUAAGUUUUGUACACUUUGGAUCAUUUUAGGUUUUCCAUAAUAUUCUACCAAUCAGAAGUUCAAAGUUUUCACUAACCAUGGGCGUUUUUUGUUCGGAUUCGGAUCAAUUUUAUCAGGUUCAUGUUCUUCCGGUUUUAGAGAUUUGUACCUAUUUAAGUAUUUGUAAAUAUUUAUUUAUGUAUAGAGUCGGUUUCUCUUGGUUCUGGAUUGGUUCGACUCUAAAUAUUUUAUACCUAUAAAUACUCCAAAAAGGAGAAUAAUUCGCUUUUGGUUCCGGUUCGGUUCUUUGAUCCAAAAUCGGUUAAAAUUUAGUUGAAACCCAUAAUGUUUAUCUAAUUUUUUUAAAAAUAACCAAAAAUAAAUUAUUAAUAAUUGAAACAAAACAUUUUAAGACACAUUAUUUUGACAUUUCAUUUUUUUUUCAUAUUACUUGAGAAUGUUACAACAUAAUAAUAGAGAUUGUGAAAAAUUCAUUACAAUUAAAUCAUAAACUAAAAGGUAGAAAAUAAAUUACAUGGAGUCAUAAUUUUAGAUAUUCAUGCUUUUAAGUCGGUACAGAUCAGUUUUUAUUGGGUUAGGUCUACUCGGGUCGGUUCUUAUUGGAUCGAAUCUAUUUGGAUCGGUUUUUUUUCGGUUCGUAUUCUUUCGGGUAGAGGAAUUUGAGACUUAUUUAGGUACUUGUAAAUUUUUGGUUUUAUUUCGGAUCAGAUAUUUUUAUGCCGGUUCCCGUUUUGGAUUUUUGAGUCUGGGUAAAAUGUCCAUAUUUAGUUUUCAUUUAUCUCAAAGCACCCAAAAGAAUAAAAAAAAUUGAGCAUUUAUAUAUAUGUCAGACUAACAAAAAAAAAGUAGAAACUAAAGUAAGAUGAGUGGCACAUGUAUCAUGAUCAAAACUAUACCUAUGCAAAAAUUAUAUGGUCCAAAAUAUAAUCUGAAAAGUACAAACUCUCGUUACACUAGUUAUCAAAAAUAAAAAUACAUGCUAAGAAGAAUAAAGAAAAAUUUAAGGUUUAUUAUAGUCUGUGUAAGCCAAGUAUUAAUGACAUCAAUACUAGCUAAAAGUGAGUCAGUCUUAUAGAAUAAGGUCUUCAUUCUCUUACUCUUUGUCAUCUUCAAAACCCUCUUCACACUUGACAAAUCAUUUCUCUGCUUGUUCAUCUUGUCUAUCUUCAUCUUCUUUCUUGUCUUUUUGUCAAUGAUCUCUCAAUCUCAACAAACAUUCGACCAUGGAAAAGAUGAUCACAAUCCAACCAAUUGUGAUCACUUAUCAAACUUCACAACAAAUGGAUACCUUGUCUUCAAGGUAUCCUCCAAAGGCUGUAGAGAUUUUACCAAAGUUCAAGAUGCCAUAGAUGCCAUUACUCCGUCAAGACAAGUCAAAAAUCUCAUCCUAAUUGACUUUGGAAUCUACAUGUAAGUGCAUAUAUUCAUUCAUGUUCUGUUUAUGAUAAUCUUUGAAUUUUUUAACAUAAAAGAUGCUAAUGAAAUUCAUGAAUUUGUUAGGGAAAGAGUCCUUGUUUCCUCAAACAAGAUGAACUUAUCGGAUUUUACUAACAUAUAUAAUAAUCAUGAUGCAUAGAUACAAACAAAAAAUAUUGAGAUAUAGAUUAUUUCUAUAAGAAGUCACAUUCAUGUCUAGUUUCCAAACAAGACCAUAUUCCUAUAUACAAUAGAGUUCAUGUGUUUAAUUAUCUUCCUCAUUCUAUACCUAUAUACUUUAAUAUUUUUAAAAGUAUAGUUAAUCUCUGAGAAAAUUUUACCAAUCUACAUAAGUAAAACAAAAUUACUUAUGUGUCACAAAUCGUAGUCACUGCUUAACUAAGACCAUGUGUAUAGUUAAAAUUUUAAUACUCUUCGUCUUCUUCACUUAUUUGGUAUAACUAUUAUUAGUAAAUUAUUAGUUUGGUUCUAAGUCUUAAACUUUUGAUUUCACCAUUUGUUUGCUUAUUUUUGCUCAUAUUUUGCUUAUUUUUCUCAUUUUUCCUAAAUAUUUGUUUAUUUUAUUCAACUUACUUUUUUCAUUUUUUCUUAUCUAUAAGUGACCAACAUGGGGAUGAAGUAUCACACACUUUCCGAGAUGAAACAACAAAACAAAAAUGUUAAUUGGAUGAUGUUAACAACCAAUUUCAUGCUUUUCAUAUUAAUAAAAUAAUUGAUUGAUUAAAUUUGUUAAUGCUUUUCUAUAAGUUACAUCGAUCAAGUUCAAAGAUUAAGUAGAGUUUCAACUCACUCUUAUUAUCCAAAUUUGGAGACUGAGAGUUUUGUCACUCCAAACAAUCUUUAAUAAUCGCUCUAGAUUCACAAUCAUGAUGAAGACCAUAAUUCAUUUUCAUUACUUUGUUUUACAAUACUUAUAAGUAUAGUAUAGCAUUUAAAUAAACAUGGGGUCCAUGAUCAUAAAACUGAACGAAACAAUGCUAGAUAUAAAAUUAACUUUGAACAAAUCUUGUCUCUAUUCUUACAAAAUGUUAAACUUUGAGCCUAAACGAACAAAACUCUCAUUUGAAUGGUUCAUCUGAGUUCUGAAACGAACAGUUCCUUGGAGAGAUGAUUUCUGAUAUGUAAGUAUUCGAGAAUACAACAGUUGAUAAUUUUGGUAUAAGAAGACAAACUAUAUGGUUUCUACUUUAACAUUUGUUAUUGGCUUAUUGCAUGUAUUCAAAUGUAUCUAUUAAUUAUGUUUGGUGGAAAACCUUGAUAUAAAAAAACAAACUAGACCUGCGAAAAUUAUUAACUCGUAUUAACUCACCUGAAAAGUGAUUGUGGCAACUUGAUAAUCUCACAGGUGUGAUAUUAGUAUGUUAUGGUUUUCUAGAAAACUAAUACACAAUUUCACUACUCAGAAUUUAACAAUCUUGGUAUAGCAAUACAGAUUUGGCCAGCGAAAAUUAAACAAGCUUGCUUAAUCGAAUAAAUAAUUUCUAUUUUCGGUUAAGGGUUUGCUUUAAGCAAUGAUUUUUGGUUUGGUUUGAAUCGUUUGAUGAUCGGUUAGUUAUAUUUUACCUUAUAAAAAAAUUAUAACUAAAUCCUACCGGUUUGACUAAACUGAAAUCACAUUCCAAUUUCGAACCAAAUUAAUUGAAUUUAAUCUAUUACCUAAAGUUAUAACCAAAUUAAACUAAAAUCAAACCGUAAUCAGAGUUUGGUAAAAUUUAGAGAGAGCAAAAACAAAUUAGACUGCUUAUCAAACCGAACCGAACCAAAUUUCAGUUUGAUCAAUUUCAUUAGAUUUUGUGCGAACCGAAAUAACCAAAAAUCAAAUCACUCGAACCGACCUUACCGUCUAAACCGAACUCGCAGCUAAUCCCAAGCUCUGCAAGGUUAAAUAAACCAAAUAGAUAGAUUAUAAAUAGCUCUUUAGUUUAGAUUCCAACCGCCAAAAGUUAUGAGUUCAAGCUUCAAAUCCAAGAAACAUCAAUGCCUUGUCUUCCUCAAACUCUGUUCCUCCAUCAAACAUCUCUUACAGAUCCAUGCCCAAGUCCAUCUCUCUGCUCUCCAGUCCGACAGCUUUAUCAUCAGCGAGCUUGUACGUGUUUCUUCACUAUCUCACUCCAAAGACCUCACCUUUGCUCGAACCCUUCUCCUUCACUCCUCCGAUUCGUCUCCUUCCACUUGGAACAUGCUCAGCAGAGGUUACGCUUCAAGUGAUUCCCCUGUAGAUUCGAUUCGGAUCUACUCCGAGAUGAAACGACGACGAAUCAAACCCAACAAGCUCACGUUUCCGUUUCUUCUCAACGCUUGCGCUUCCUUUCUGGGGCUCACGGCGGGGAGACAGAUACAAGUCGACGUUUUGAAACAUGGGUUUGAUUCCGAUGUGUAUGUCGGGAACAAUCUGAUUCAUUUGUACGGUUCUUGUAAGAAAACUUCGGAUGCUAGGAAGGUGUUCGACGAAAUGCCUGAGAGAAACGUUGUUUCUUGGAACUCUAUUAUGACUUCUUUUGUCGAGAAUGGUAAGUUUAAUUUGGCGAAUGCGUGUUUUUUGGAGAUGAUCGGUGCACGGUUCUGUCCUGAUGAGACGACAAUGGUGGUUUUGCUCUCUGCUUGUGUCGGUAACUUGAGCUUGGGGAAGUUGGUGCAUUCGCAGGUUAUGGUGAGAGAGUUGGAGUUGAACUGUAGACUUGGUACUGCGCUUGUCGAUAUGUAUGCAAAGUCUGGUGGGUUAGAGUAUGCUAGGUUAGUUUUCGAGAGAAUGUGUGACAGAAACGUUUGGACAUGGAGUGCGAUGAUCGUAGGGUUAGCACAAAAUGGAUUUGCGGAGGAAGCUCUUGAGCUUUUUACCAAGAUGAAGAAGGAAUCAUCGGUGAGACCAAACUACGUGACGUUUCUCGGUGUUCUAUGCGCUUGCAGCCACGUGGGAUUGGUGGAGGAAGGGUACAGAUACUUCAGCGAGAUGGAGAGAACACACAAGAUCAAACCGAUGAUGAUUCACUACGGGGCGAUGGUAGAUAUCUUGGGACGUGCAGGUAGAUUAAACGAGGCGUAUGGCUUCAUAAAGAAGAUGCCUUUUGAGCCUGACGCGGUUGUUUGGAGGACGCUGCUCUCUGCUUGCAGUGUCCAUCACGAUGAAGAUGGGGAAGGGAUUGGAGAGAAAGUGAAAGAGAGGUUGAUUGAGUUGGAGCCAAAGAGGAGUGGCAAUUUGGUGAUUGUGGCGAAUAUGUUUGCGGAAGCGAGGAUGUGGGAUGAGGCAGCGGAAGUUAGGAGAGUGAUGAAGGAGAAUAAGUUGAAGAAGAUAGCUGGGGAGAGUUGUCUGGCUCUGGGAGGGUCAGUUCAUAGAUUCUUCUCAGGGUAUGAUCCUCGUUUUGAGUAUGUAUCUGUCUAUGAGUUACUAGAUUUGUUCAAGUUGCAUUUGAUAAGUGACAAUUAUAUGGUCAGUGAUUCAAAUUCAUUUUCUUGACUUGUAGAGACAAAACUUGUUCAAAAUUUAACAUUUUGUAAGGAUAAUGAAUGGCUAGGAAAGUUUUUUCUUAUAAUCUAUAAGUUUUAUGAAGUACCAACCGUCAUGUAAAACUUUCAUGUAUUUACAAAAAUUAUUUAUCUAAUCAUAAAUUACAAAAUAUAUAAUCAGUCACAAUGUAUUACUUUUCUUUCAGACACGUUAUAAAUGCAAUCACAAUGUAAUUGAAAUCUAUAGGAAGUGUAAAAUUAAAAUUGGAAAUAUGAAUGGAUGUGUGAUUGGAGCUACAAUUAAAAAAAAACGUAAACAAUGGAAAUAUGGUAUAUCCAACAGAACAUUCUCAAUUCAUGUCUUAUAUAGUUUCACAAAUAUAUUUUAUUUUAAAAAAAAAUCAGUUGCAAAAAGUCAAAUCAAAAGCAUUGUUAUUGAUUUCUGCUUCUAGUGUUGCAUUAGUUUUAUAGUGACGUAUGAGAUACAUACUCUUAAUUAUUGUUUUGGACGAGUUUCAAUUAUGUAAAUUAAUACUUUUAGAGCAGUUUUUUCCAACAAGGAACUCCAAAUUUUUACUAAGUAAUCCAUUAGUUUUAUCACUUAGGCUAACCAGUCGCUGGUAGGUUUCAUUUGACUCAAAAGGAUCAAACUGAACUAAACUCAGGAUUCAUAAUGAAAAUAAUUUCUAAAAUGUUAUAAACAAUCAUAAAUGAAAUACAAAGAGAGUGGUUUACACUAGAGUUCCAAAAGUACUAACGACCAAAGUAAACAAAAAUCAGCCACUCUCACAUAGAAACAUCCACUGAUGCAUAUUAACGUGAAUCAACAACAUAACAAUUGAUCAUCACCAAAGUAAUUAAUAUGGUGAUUAUUCUGUGUUUAAUAGUUUAUGUAUCUAUCUUAGGUAUAGAAUACGAACCAGAAUAACAAAGACAAAAAAUGCAUGCCCGAUAUUUUAGUUAUUUGAUGGUUUGUAGGCAUCGCAUACUUAUGAUCCAUCUUAGGAUUUAUGAACUUCCACACUUGUGUUUUUUUUUUGUUUAAUUUCGUAGGUAUUGUAUUAUUAAUGUAUUCAUUAAACAAAAUAACUAAUGAAAUCGGAUCCCAUUUUCUUAAAGAAGCAAGAAAGUAAAGCAAAAUGAUUUAUGACAAAAAGGUAUAUUCAUGUGAGUGUGAUUGAAGCUGAAGUGAAAAGUAGCUGUGGAAAUAUGGCAUAUCCCUUGGAAGAUUCUCAUAUUUCUCAACCCAUCAUUUUGUUUUUCAAAUGUAGAGUGAGGAUGUAAAAUAUUGCUGAGACAUGCAUGUAGACUAUGUGUGCGAGUCUAUAAAGAGAGCAUAAAAGCAUCAAAGGAAACCCUCUUCCACAACACCAAUAUGACGGUGGUGUUGGCUCUUCUAUGAAGAACCUAGGGAAGCUGAAACCCGCUGUCUCAGCAAGCGGGUUCUCCUAUCUAUGUGAAUAGGGCAACUCGAUCGGAUCCUUUGGCAUUUCUUUCUAAGUGGGACUGAAGAAGAUGAUGUGUGUAUCUUCUUCCCUUUGAGAGUUCUUUUCAACUUGUGUUGUGGUUUAUAGUUUUACUUCCCCUGGUUUGUAUUAUUUGCCUUUUAAUGUUUUUUUUAUAUUUUCUCUCCAGUCUCCAUCUGUGUGCUUGUGCUAUAUAUCUGUUAUAAAACUUGAUACUAUCCUAUCGUUUAUGAGUGAUGCUGAAUUUUGAUUUGUAAUGUUUUCACUGUAUUUUAUUUUAUUGUUGAACUAGUCCCCUCAUUAAUAUAACUUCUCUUCUAUGAA